AGCGCCGUGCCCCGCAGCGCAGCGCCCCAACACCACGGAACAAGUGUUGCGGGUGCUGCCCGCUCCUGCCCGGCGCUGCCUGCUCUGCCGGCACGGCCGUGACGUCACCCUGCUCCUCGCCCACCGAGGAACGCUAAAGAUCUAUAGAGCAGAAAAUAAUACAACAAGCAAGCUCCGUAUCUUGCAAGUCCUACGUGAUCCCCCCCCCCCCCCCCUUGGAAAAAGCCCCUUUGCGCUUAAACUCUCUAUACAUGUGGAGUGGCUUUUCAAAGUCCCUCUAUACAAACAUAUUUAUUACGAGCGAUGGGGAGCGGGGGGUAGCCUAUUUUUUUAACCCAGGCACCCCCCUCCCUCGCAGAUGUCUGGCAGCGCUUCUUAAGUGCAAUCAUCUAUAAUUGAGGGGGGGGGGGGGGAAGCCAUACGUGGAAAUGUGUGUGUGAGAAGGUGCAUCCUGAAGCGGGGUUUAGUUACAAUCGAUCUUGGGGGGAAAAUAUUGCCUAUGGUCCAAAAAUAAGGAGCGACUAUGUCCUUCUCCCAGUUCGGAUACCCCUACAGCACCACUUCACAGUUCUUCGUGUCCGGCAACCCCACCAUGACCUGCUGCGAGGCUGCGCCCCGCUCCGCGCCGGAUGCCUCCCCGGCGCCGGCCUCCGCCUCCCUCUGCUGCGCCUCGUACGAGAGCCGGCUGCUGCCGCCGGGCCGCGCCGAGCUCAGUGCGGCGCUGGGCAUGUACGGUGCCCCUAUCGCCGCCGGCCAGGGCUACGGCAGCUACCUGCCCUACGGCACCGAGCCCGCCGCGCUCUACUCCGCGCUGAACCCCCAGUAUGAAAUCAAGGACGGCGCCGGCACGUUGCACUCGGGAAUCGCGCAGUCCGCUGCCUACUACUCUUAUGAUCAUUCCUUCGGGCAGUACCAGUACGACAGGUAUGGGACAGUGGAUUUCAGUGGCUCGGCCAGACGCAAAAACGCAACGCGGGAGACGACGAGCACCCUCAAGACCUGGCUGUACGAGCACCGGAAAAAUCCCUACCCCACCAAAGGAGAGAAAAUCAUGCUGGCCAUUAUCACCAAAAUGACCCUGACCCAAGUGUCCACUUGGUUUGCUAACGCCAGAAGGAGGCUCAAGAAAGAAAACAAAAUGACCUGGUCUCCCAAGAACAAAGCGGGGGAAGAAAAGAAAGAACCAACCCCGCGGGAAGAGGAGUACAGCGCGGAGGACGAAGGCAGAGAGCAGAAGAACUGCAAAGAGGACAAGGAGCUGCAGUUCAGCGACCUGGAGGAGGCGGAGGAGGAGGAAGAGGAGGAGGCGGGGAAGCCGGAGAAGGGCCGGGCUAGCUCCCUGCAGGAAGCCCCCAGCAUCGCUGCGGCUCUUCCCGAGGCUCUGCGGAGCGACUGCAGCCUGCCCGGGUCCUUCCGCGCCUUUCCCUGCGCAAAGGCCCCCUCCGCAGACUUCGCACCCCCCGCCCUGUCCAGUCCGCCACUGCCCUACGUAUCCGCGGAGAAGUCGCGCAUCUGGUCGCUGGCGCGCACCGCCGGGGCCAGCGCUGCGCGCAGGGGCAGCCCCGAGGGCGGCGGCGCGGCGGGCGAGCAGCCCCUGCCCGCCAAGGCUUUCCGGAGCUCAGCUUUCAACCUGCAGCCGCUCCCGCAGAGCUGCGCGUCCCAUCGCGGCCUGGGGGAGUCAUGCCAGUACGCGGCGGCGGGCGAAGGUACCCGCGGUGGCGGGGACGGGCGGGACCGUGGGCCGGGCCGGGACACAGGGCGCGGCGUGAGCCCGCCUUCGGCUGACAACCUCCCUAUAACCGCCUCCGGCCCGGAGUGGCCGCGGCGUUAAGCCGGGCCCAGGUGUCAGGCGGGCGCAGAUCCGUGUCCCCCCGGCGGUGCAGACGCCAAGGCCUCGCCGCUGCAGGCGAGUAGGCAGGGGAGGGCGGCUGGGCCGGGCCGGGCACACCGCGAGCCGCUUGUAUCUGUGCAGGCUUCGGGCGGGGGGCCAAGUGCAGCCCGGGAGGCUCCGAGCUGGGCGUGCCGUGCCUGGACAACAGGCUCCGGACGGCGUUCCGGCCAGUGCUGCGGUGGUGAGGGCCGCCUGCCC